GCAACUAUUCGAAAUUUAUUCUCUUUUCAUAAAAAAUCACAACAAAAGAAGGAUCAUCAUCGACAAUCAUCACUUUCACCUUCUGCCUCUAUUACUUCUUUGUAUAGUCUAUCUUCUUCUGGUCCACAAACGCCUACUGACUGCACACAAAAAAAUGAACAAGACAUUCAUGGGAUUUUUCGAACAUUGGAAGUCUGUUGGUCUAUUUACAAUGCUACAGAACAAUGCUGGGUGCCUCUCGAUAGGAUGGAUGGUCAAUUUGUCGAAAAUCAUUAUCAACAAGGAAAAACAAGUGUGUCUCUUGAUGCUUGUUCUUUGUUUUCUGGUAAUCCUUGUAAAAUUCAUUUUAAACUACCAUCAUCAAGCAGACAGGUAGGAUUACAACUCUAUAUGGGCCGUGAUAUCAUUCGAACAGUGGUGCCAGUCUGGUGGUAUGAACAAGAUCUUGUGGAUGGUACCAAAGGAAUGUGUCGAUUUGAACCUAGGAAUCAAGUUCGUUUGGAAGCCUUAUCUGAAGAUCAUACUAGAUUGACACUGACAGAUGUUGGGUUUUCUGAUGCUACUGUGACCGUGAUGAUGAAUCCUCCUUCAUUAAAUAACCGUCGUCAAGAAGAAGAACAACAAGAAGAAAUGCGUGGGUUGCUUUAUGUACAUUCAUCCAUGAUACAAGUUUUAGGUCAGAAAUUGGAACAAUUGGAACAGCCUACUAUCUUAUCUACUGAUGAUGCCUUCAUAUUAGAUCGUCGAUCUUCCAUUUAGUUUUAUAUCAUAUCUAUCUCACUUUUGUUAUCCUUUUUGUAUAUUUUAUUUAUUUAUUCC